AUGUUCGCCAUUAAUUUUAAUCAAACAUUUCGUCUUAAUAAUGCAUUAAUUAUACAUCCAACAGAUAUUGUUGAUGAUAUAAAUUCCGUUGUAUUUAAAAAUGUUUUUCCGGUAGAUUUAUAUAUUGAACUAUGUCAUUGUGCUCUGGCUCUUAGUCCAUUUGUUUAUAAUCCUAUUUUUCUUAAAUUAAUAUCAAUUGUAUUAAUUUUUCCAACAAGUUUGAGUAUUCGAUGUGAUAUUAAUUAA